AUGCCAAAGGCACGCCAAUAUCCACCAAGCCGCGCCACACCAGCUCAGCAUCAUAUCGGCAGAACGGCCAUUCGGCACCUGGGGGAUCAACGUCGUCGGACCCUUCCCUACGGCACCCGGUCAACUCCGAUCAUCACCCGAUUCGGGAUCCCCGAGAUCGUUAUCUCAGACAACGGAACCCAAUUUGCUGACAAAAAGUUCAGAGAAUUCUUAGAAGGACUACGCGUAUCUCACCGUUUCAGCUCGGUAGAACACCCCCAAACAAACGGACAGGUGGAAUCCGCAAACAAAAUAAUCGUCAAGGGAUUCAAGAAACGGCUUGACGAAGCCAAAGGACUAUGGGCCGACGAACUCGGAUCGAUCCUAUGGUCAUACCGAACCACACCGCAAACGACCACGGGAGAAACACCCUUCCGAUUAACAUACGGUGUGGAAGCGGUCAUCCCGGUAGAAAUCGGGGACCCAAGCCCUAGAAAAACGGUCGGCGGUAACGACGAAGAAGCAGAACGAGACCUCAUUGACGAGGAAAGAAGCAUAGCUCAUAUCAAAGAGCUAGCCCUAAAACAGAGAAUCAGCUUAAGAUACAACCAUGGCGUCAUCCGACGAGAAUUCACAACCAACGAUCUCGUCCUACGACGAAACGACAUCGGUCCCCCGACCCCCAGGAGAAGGGAAACUCACCCCCAACUGGGAAGGACCAUACAGAAUCAAGGCGGUAAUCAAAAAAGGAGCAUACAAACUUGA